UGUAUGUAAUACAGUCUCGUGUACCACUUAUACACCUACUCAUGUAUUGAAUGUGUCUAGUGUUAGUAUAAGACAUGUAAACACGUACACCUAAAAUGACUGUUAAUAGUACUAAUGAUGGUAUUAUAAUUAUUAUAAUUAUUAUUAUUAUAAUACUGUUGAUCAUAGAUAGAUGAACAACUCAAAAAAUUUAAACUAAAGCAUAAACAUGCAUGUUACGCACACAUGCAUGCAUGUAUACAUAUACAUAUCGAUGUGCAGACCACUUUGUUUGCCGUGCAAAAGCUAUUUCUGAAUUGAUUAUUAACUGUGAAAAUAUUAUUGUGUACCACCUAUUCAGCAUAAAGCUUUGUGGACUUUAAGUAGUAUGCUAAAGUUCUGAGGAUUAAACACGCAUAAAAUUUGCUAUUGUCUUGCCUCAGUUAUUCUGAAAAGCCUCUGCUCUUCAUCACUGUUCUUCACACUUUGUCUACGACAACAUCAUACCUAUUCUCAAAGUAAAUUGAACUAAAAAACCGAAUAUCACUUGUGACAAUAAUGGUUGCUCAAGAAUUUCUGAAUUUCUUCUCAAGUCUACAACUUCCUGCAGCUAUUGGCAUAGAAGACUUCGCUGAUCGUUUGAAUCUAUUCACUACUGUAUUAUUGCUGUUGGCCACUUUAAUUGUCACUGCUAAACAAUACGUUCUAGGCUCAAUAUCGUGUUAUGUGUCUGUUUCACCAUCAGGCAGUGGAUUUGAAUCUUUUUUAGUCAAUUAUUGUUGGGUACAUGGUACAAUACCGUUGAGAAGUAAUGAACCUAUUCCAGAAACUGAUGAACAAUGGAAAGAAUAUGAUACGCAUAGAAGGAUAACCUAUUAUCAAUGGGUACCUUUCGUUCUUGGACUUCAGUGUAUAUUCUUUUACAUUCCACAUAUCGCUUGGCAAGCUGUAUGUGCUAAUCGAUCAGGCGGAGAUCUAUUUGCUCUUGUAAAAGCUGCGGCGGAUGCAGCCAUCUCUGAACGUGGCUCCCGUAAAAGUCAGGUGAAACGUGUGGCUGAAUUCUUGGAGGAUAUGAUUGACGGUCACAAAGAUUGUCGACAUGGACGCAGAAUGAAUCUAACCAGACGUGCGUAUGAUAUGUGUGGAAUAUGCGUCGUUAGUAAACGUCUUGGCACUUGUCUUGUCUUCUCCUAUAUCUGCGUUAAGUUAAUCACUAUUAUCAAUGCUAUCAUGCAAGUGUACCUCAUUCAACGUUUUCUUGGAUUUUAUUCUGAUGGCAGUGUUGGUCAACGGAGUAUGCAGCUUGGUAAACCAUAUGAAGCUAACGGGCAAGUUGCAGCAAUGUCAAAUCAUGAGAAUGAAGAUUUAGAAGGUUUUGGAUUUGGUUUAACAGUUGCUAAUCAUAUACGCGCUGGACGUGAUUGGCCUGAAACAAUAUUAUUCCCACGUGUUGCCUAUUGUCGUGUCCCAGGGAUUCGAUUAGUCGGUGCAGAAAAUGCCUAUACAGCUCAAUGUGCCUUACCUAUAAAUAUGCUAAAUGAGAAGAUAUACAUCUUUUUCUGGUUUUGGAUAUGCUUUUUAAUUGCAGCAAGUAUUUUCAGUUUAGUAUUAUGGUUGAUUCGAAUGGUUAUAGCACCAAGACGUAAAGACUUCAUUAAACGCUUUCUACGCAUUAAGGGAAUACGCUCAAGAACUGGUGCUGAAAUCACACGGGCUGAUUUAGAUGAAUUCAUCGACGAUUAUCUUCGGCGAGAUGGUGUCUUCCUUAUUCGUAUGCUGGCAAUCAAUGCAGGUGAUGUUAUCACAUCGGAGAUUGUUAUGUCUUUAUACGAACACUACAUAGAUAACAUUUUUUCAGUAGAUAAUACACCACAGAAAAGCUUGGAAAAAGAACCCUUGAAGGAGGGAUCUGGAAUACCACCAAAUUAUGUGUAAUUUCAAGAAGUAUAGACUGAAGCAGGGGGAUAUUUUUUAUCUACUAUCAUUGUAUUUUUACAAUUUCUACGGAAGAACUAACCUGUGUUCAUUGGUGCUAAAUAAUAAAUUAUACUAUGGACUACUAACAUACUCCUACCAAUAACCUCUUCCAAUCACACCUCAAUUCAUAAUUAUAUAAGAAGGUGAUACUAUCACCUACCACCAUGUGCGUGUGUGCCGUUAUCUAUUUGCCUUUAUAAUAACAAACUCUUCGUCUUCCAUUCCUCUGUUUUUAUUAAAUAAAUUAAAUAAAUGAAUUACUCCAUGUUAUUAUAUUUAUACUCUCUGGACUUUAUAUUUGUUGUUUUAUUAUUAAUAAUCGUAGACAAAUUUACACAUUAAUAAUAAUUCCACACUACCUAUUUUUGAAUACACAAUUGAUUUUUAUCGUUUAUUUUUAUAGUUCUCUUUUUAUACAAAUAUUUUGAAGAGAACGUCGUAUCUAUCUAUAGUUGUGUUCCUUGUCAAGCCUUAUUUUUGAAGACUGUCGUCACAGUGUGUGUGUGUGUGUGUCAAUACUCAGAAUUUCGAUGUUCGUGUCUCCACUGUCUACUUUUUCGAUACUACUUUUUUUCCAUUUCUUAAAACGAUUUUUAUGUAGUAUUUUAACAGUAUUAUUUUUUACGUGUUACGAUCAUGCAUACUAUUGCAACAGCAACAACUACCAUUAUUACAAUUAUUAUUUAUAUCCCCCUCUGUUUUUCAAUUGUAUGGAUGACUAACACCCUAACGAUUGUCAAUUUUUGCAGUUUUACAAUCUUGUGUAGUAGUAAAAUAGGUCUUUUAUCAAUGGUCUUCUCUUAUUAUCUGUGUUUCUUUGGUAACGAGAACGUGGAGUGUCUGUCUGAACAGAGUUUUUGUUGAUUAUAUUGGAUUGAAAUAUCCUGUUUUCUAUUUGACUGACAACAUGUCGAUUCCCCCAGUAAGAGGAUGCAAUUCUCACUGCAAUGUCUGAGGGAUUUAGUGGAUGAUGAUGUGGCUAGCAGUGGAACUGGGAAUUGCGUAUUUCGUCUUAUUUUGAAGUCGUUGCACAGAA